AUGGGACUGAGGCAUUCGUCGCGUUGUUUGCUGCUACGGCGGAAGAUGGCGGAGGCGGACAGCUCGGAGCGGCAACAGCCUGUAACGUCUCCCCUCUCCCAGUCUGCCCAGCCCUCCCCACUGCCUAAACCAGUGCCUACUGCCCACCAUGUGCCCUGUAUCCCCCAUACGCCUCGUGUAGCAGCCCUGGCCACCUGUCCCGGUCGGGGCAAGAUUUCCAAAUUUAUCAGCCCGGAGGACAUGACAUCACGGGACUACUACUUCGACUCCUAUGCCCACUUUGGCAUCCAUGAGGAGAUGCUGAAAGACGAGGUGCGCACGCUGACCUACCGGAACGCCAUGUACCACAACAAGCAUGUGUUCAAAGACAAAGUCGUCCUGGAUGUUGGCAGCGGCACCGGGAUCCUCUGUAUGUUCGCCGCCAAUGCCGGCGCCAAACACGUCUACGGGAUCGAAUGUUCGAGCAUAUCUGAAUAUUCCGAGAAGAUUAUCAAAUCAAAUCACCUCCACAAUGUCAUUACCAUCUUCAAGGGAAAGGUGGAGGAGGUGGAGCUGCCUGUGGAGAAGGUGGACAUCAUCAUCUCGGAGUGGAUGGGCUAUUGCCUCUUCUACGAGUCCAUGCUCAACACCGUCAUCUUCGCCAGGGACAAGUGGCUGAAACCUGGAGGCCUGAUGUUCCCUGACAGAGCAGCUCUCUACGUGGUAGCCAUUGAAGACAGGCAGUACAAAGAUUUCAAGAUACAUUGGUGGGAAAACGUGUAUGGAUUCGACAUGAGCUGCAUUCGCAAUGUGGCCAUCAGGGAGCCUCUGGUGGAUGUGGUAGAUCCUAAGCAGGUGGUGACUAACUCCUGCCUCCUAAAG